GUCUCUGCCCUAAGUAAGCCCCCAGCCUGCAAUUCUCUGCCCGGCUCCUGUUCCCUCCCCUCCCUUGCAUCUCAGAAGCUCAGAGAAGGGCUCCUCGCUUUGGGAUUGAGGAGGGGAGAAGCUGGAAACUCCAUCCUCCCACCAGAACCUGCAUGAAACCUGAGCUCCCGGACCCCUCUCCUCUCAGCCGGCACCCAGACGCAUCUUCCAGGGUCUGGGGCCUGACACUGGCUCGAGGGCUGGCCCUUUCUCCUUGUGGACCCGCUGGGCGGGGGCUGGGGGCAACCCUCGCGCGUUGCUUAUCUCAGCCGGGUGCCCUGGGAGGGCGGCGGCCCUGGCCUCGCCGGCCUCAGUCUAACCUGGGGUGCGGGUGCGUGGGCCGCGUGCAUGUCUGCGUGGAGCAAGCGCGCCGAGAGCGGUCGGGGCUGGCGCGGGGGCGCUCUAACCCACUAACCCCGCGAGCAGGAGCGAGCCCGGCCUCACGAGGGCGCCCGCCCGCUGCGGGCUGUCUUCACCGCAGACGGGAAGCUGCUCAGCACCGGCUUCAGCAGGAUGAGUGAGCGGCAACUCGCGCUCUGGGACCCGGUAGGCCAGGCCGCGCCGGGCGCGCUAGCUCGCUCCUUCUUUGGGUCCGCCGGGAGCGCCUUCCCGGGCUGUGGCUGGCGCCCAAGAGGCCAGAGCGGAACGGGGACAUCCCAUUCGGGAAAAGCCUUGCUGCGACUCCGGGGAGCCAGCAGACACCCCUGCUCUAGGGAUCGGCCUUUGAGCGCGCUUAAGGGUUCGGGAUCGGCUGAGAGCCGCGUGCCUCCUGCUCUCUCCAGGCCCGGAUGCUCUCCAGGUCAGGGGCCAGCCGUGGCCCCACAGGAAGCUGAGUGCUUAGGCCCUAUUUGUCUCUUCCCCGCAUCCGCUCCUCCACCCCGGACACCCAAGUCAGCAAGCUGGUUGCUCAUCCCUCCAUGCUCCUCAGGGCAGGCAGCUGGGUGAUGUCCCUCCCUGUCUCCCCCUCCCCCCAGGAGAGGUUUGCGGCCCACGAGGGGAUGAGGCCCAUGCGGGCCGUCUUCACGCGCCAGGGCCAUAUCUUCACCACGGGCUUCACCCGCAUGAGCCAGCGAGAGCUGGGCCUGUGGGACCCGGUAACGCAGCUGGAGGCUUGGGGUGUGUGCCCCGGGGACUGGCAUCACGGGAGAGUGGCCAGGCGCCCCCCACCCGCAGGGCAUGCCCACCUGGACAGGACUGAAGGCUGCUGCCACCUCUGCAGCGCCUGCCAUUCUCACACCCACCCCUCUGCCCAGUUUUGCUGCGUCGCGUGAAGGAUCCUGCGCUGGCGCCCCCACCUGGUGAUGCCGAGUCCCUGGGGGUGGUUUGCUGUGACUGCAUGCGGCGCGCAGCGGAACAACUUCGAGGAGCCAGUGGCACUGCAGGAGAUGGACACAAGCAACGGGGUCCUAUUGCCCUUUUACGAUCCCGACUCCAGCAUCGUCUACCUGUGUGGCAAGGGCGACAGCAGCAUUCGGUACUUUGAGAUUACCGACGAGCCGCCUUUCGUGCACUACCUGAACACGUUCAGCAGCAAAGAGCCGCAGCGGGGCAUGGGUUUCAUGCCCAAAAGGGGACUGGAUGUCAGCAAGUGUGAGAUCGCCCGGUUCUACAAGCUACACGAAAGAAAGUGUGAACCUAUCAUCAUGACUGUGCCCCGCAAGUCAGACCUGUUCCAGGACGAUCUGUACCCGGAUACGCCGGGCCCGGAGCCGGCCCUAGAAGCGGACGAAUGGCUAUCCGGCCAGGACGCCGAACCCGUGCUCAUUUCGCUGAGGGACGGCUACGUGCCCCCUAAGCACCGCGAGCUCCGGGUCACGAAGCGCAACAUCCUGGACGUGCGCCCGCCCUCUGGCCCCCGCCGCAGCCAGUCGGCCAGCGACGCCCCCUUGUCGCAGCACACCCUGGAGACGCUGCUGGAAGAGAUCAAGGCCCUCCGCGAGCGGGUGCAGGCCCAGGAGCAGCGCAUCACGGCUCUGGAGAACAUGCUGUGCGAGCUGGUGGACUGCACGGACUAGCCCCGCGCGCCCGGCUGGCGGAGCGGGGCGGGGCGCACAAGCUCGGCCCCGCCCCGGCUUUUAGUCCCGAUCUCCGGACCCCGCCUUCUUGGGCUGGGGCCGGGGUCCGGACUGGGAAGGGAACUCCGCCCCUCGCGGGAGACCAGAACUCUUGGAGCUUAGGGGAGACCCACGUCGGUCCGGCGGAGGCUGGACUGCGAGCCUCGUCUGGGACUCGGCUGGAGCUGGCCUGGGGAGGCCUGGGGUAACCUGGGGGGCUCAGCAAUGGUGCUGCACGGCGAGGUGGUGUCCCCCUUUGUCCUCCGCCCAGGGCAGGGAAAGUGCUUAGUAUUAGCGCGAUGCUUGGGGAUGUUGGAGCCUGAGCUUGACCUCAAACGGGUGGCGAUUUCAUGGGUCCCCCCAGGCUGGGGAAAAUGACAGCGCUUCUCCUAAUCAGCUCACUGGAUUCCAUCACCCUGAGCGGUAAACCAGACGGGCGUCACCCCAGUUCUGCAGACACAUACACAACCCGUUUGCUGCAGAGCCGAACCCAGUGGCUACACCCACAGCUGUCUGUGGUAGAGAGCUCUCUUCCUUCUUUCCACCGACAGGGGCGAGGGCUGCUUCCUCGCGGCAGCCCCCGCGAAGAAAUCUCGAGAGAUCUGGCAUGAGGAAUUAGGUUCAUCACAAAUACACACACGCUGCCCCCAACCCUCGGCCGUUGCCUCUCUCAGAAAAACAAGACGUACUGAAUGAAACAUUUUACUAAGCGUUCA